AUGGCAUUACCCACAUACCUCCAGAGAUUCUCAACAGCGCGACGCACGUUGUUUUCCAUUUUCACAGGUGAAACGCAGCGCGAUGGAAGGAAUCCAGUCACGGUGACCGCCGGUCGAGCUGGAUCCACCGAUUCCAGUGAUCAGGAGGAGAAGAAGUCACUGGCCAGUGCCGCCGAUUACAUGAGGAACUUCAAGAACAUAAUAGCACCGGGAAAUGAGGCCUCCAUGACCAGGGAGUUCAAUCCGCAGGUGGCCUACGAAUUCGAAAAGUAUCUCAAUCCGCAGAAACUCAAGCAGCAUGUCCUCAAGAGUGAGAAAUUGCGAUCCAUUCUGGAGCACUAUGCCAAGGAAUUGGGUCAGCCGGUUAAGCAGCUGGAGCGGCAGGCCAAGGCCAUCAUAGAUGAGAUCGGUCUGGAGCGGAACAUGGCCAUUAUCCGGUGGUGCGGCAUAGCCAUCACAGCUCGGCAAAGGAUCUGCGAUGGAUUCUACGUCAAUUCGGCCAGCAUGGCCAAUGUCCGCAAGGAUAUGGGCAAGUGCCCGGUGCUCUAUCUCCCUAGUCAUCGCAGCUACAUGGACUUUAUCCUGAUGUCGUACAUCUGCUACUACUACGACAUUGAGAUACCAGGAAUAGCAGCCGGAAUGGAUUUCCACUCAAUGUUUGGAAUGGGCACAAUGCUGCGAAAAACUGGAGCAUUCUUCAUGCGCCGCAGCUUCUCCAACGACGAACUGUACUGGGAUAUUUUCCGGGAGUACAUGUACGCCUGUGGCCCAUACCACAUCGGAGUGGAGUUCUUCAUCGAGGGCACGCGCUCCAGGAAUUUCAAAGCCCUGGUGCCCAAAAUUGGACUCCUUUCGAUGGCUCUCCUACCAUAUUUCACUGGCGAGGUCCCAGAUGUGAUGAUUGUGCCGGUUAGUGUGGCCUAUGAGCGAGUCCUGGAGGAGCAACUGUUCGUCUAUGAGCUGCUGGGAGUGCCCAAACCCAAGGAGUCCACGAAGGGUUUCUUCAAGGCCCUGAAAAUCAUCGACGAACGCUUCGGCAAGAUGUUUUUGGACUUUGGUGAACCCAUUUCGGUUAAGGAAUUCUUCGGACACGACAGUGGACAGCGAAUGCAGCGAGCAGGUGUUGGAGGUCACCUGCAGAAGCUGAACCGCCAGGAAGUGGAACUGGUCAAGCAGCUGGCCAACGAGAUUAUCUACCAACAGCAGCGACGCAUUGUGAUCACCACCUUCAAUCUGCUGAGCUUAUACUACGCCAGUCAAUUGUAUGCCCAAAAGAGUGUAAACAUCGAUGAGUUGUCCCGUGGGAUACUGCAUCUCAAGCGGAUCUUCGAGCUGGGAGCCCAUGUCAGCACUACACCUGGUAGCAUUAGCGACAUCAUUGAUGCCGUCGAGAUUCACUCAAACAUUUUGCAUUUCGCCAACGCCCGAUUGCAAUACCCCAUGGCAGCCAAGCAAUUGGCAGAACAAAUAGAUGUUAAACGGUUGAAAGCUCAUGCCCUCUGUCCACAAACUAUGGGUGCUGUUCCCAUGUUGGCCCUGCAGCUCUACAUUAAUCCCUGCAUGUUCUGGCUGGCCAGACCCGCCUAUCUGCUGCUGGCAGCGCUCAAGGAGCAGAGGAAUCAGGAGAAGCAAUGCGACAUCUCGUACGAUGCCAGUCUAAGUGCUCUACAUGCGCAUGUGACCACCAUGGAUGCCCUGUUCCAGCACGAGUUCAUCAUCGACAACCGCGAGGCAGCCGAGUUUGAGACCCAUCUGCAGCUGCUCCUGGACGAACGGGUGGUGGAGGUGGCAAGCGGACGCAUCAGGGUGCAGGAUAAUGAGUGUUCGCAUGUCAUACUGGCCGCCCUGGCGCCCUUCCUGUGCCUAUACCAGCUGGUGGUCACCUUAAGAAAGGUGGAUAUGGUUAAAGGAUAUAUAAACAAAGAUCUUCUUGUGCGCGUCCAGCAGCAUGUGGAGCAGCUUCUCCAGCAACCCGGUGGUUCCGCCUCCCAUGUGCAUCCAUAUUGUCUGGCCCUGGACAAUCUCAACAUAGCCAUAUAUGCAUUGACAAGGGGCUACAUUUUGAAAUGUAAGGACUCGGGACAGAUGAAGAUCGCCGGAACUCCAGGGAAGUGCCUGAGGGAACUGGAAAUCCAGCUCCUCGAGUACUGCCAACUAAUGCCAUUCGCACAAUACUCGACGGCGGCCAACCAGCAGGCCCAGUUCCACAUAGCAAAGUUAUAACUGGCAAAUGGAAGGCCGGCGGGGGAGACGACGCCUAGGGAUGUGGAAACCGAUCCAAAUCCCGAUCCUGCGUCGAUUCCCAAACAGUGUAGUACAAUUAGAAUUUCAUUGUUCAUGCAGUUCAUCCAGUUUGUUGUCGGCCUGCUCAAGAAUUGUCGCAUCAUCUGCAUUCUGUUUUUUAUUGUGGUGGUGGCGCCGCUUUGGCAGCUGAUCCACUGGAUCAUCGUAUCCUCCCACUCAUUCACGUAGGUUUAUGGGAUGUCUGUUCAGGAUGGGUCGAUUUUAAUAAUUCUUAACAUGCAUUUUUGUCAAAGAAUGAUUUCAUGAGGCUUAACAGCUUUAAAGUAUUCCGCCUUAUGAUUACUUUCUAGAAUAUUAAAUCUUCAUUGGCAUAUUUAUACAUUCCCCAUUUUUAUUUAAUAAUUUGAUAAUGAAUCAACCAAUAAAAAUAAAAUUAUAAACAGAGGAAAAAUACUUGACAGGAGUAAACCACAAGCAAGGAAAAGUAUAUAUCUAUCUUAUAAGAUUGCCAUACAAUUCUUUGACAAAAAAACAUCGAUCCAUCCUAUAGUGUGCAUGUAACUAAGUGCUUAGAAUAUCUUUAAUCUUAGAAACUGAAAUUUUAUGUCUAGUUUGCCAUAAAAACAAAUGAAAUUUACAAAAUCGCCAAAACAUACACUUGCAAGAAAUCGAAUUUUGAUCAAACAUUUUGUAUAUAUAAACCGGUAAUGGUAGGUCCCAUCGAAAUAUAUAUUCCUUAUAUUUUUAGCAGAGGAAACCAUAGAAAUGUUGCCCAACAAAAUGCACACUUUCAUAUUACUUAAAAGCUCAACUAGAUUAUCACAUUUUUGUAAUAUUUAAUUGUGCAGCUUAUUUUAUUGCAAACGACUUUUUAGCUUGCUCGAUCGAAAAAUCAUUUAAACUUUUUUAAUGUUUCAAGAGUUAUGGACGCAUUUUCUAUUUUUAAGGUGUUUUUUCGCAUAAGUUUUUGUUAGCUUAAGCUGGUGUUAUGUUUGUUUCAUUAUUUAAUCUUAAGUUGCUUAUGCUCAUCAGCCAUGGAUUAUUUUUAAAUAUUCUAUUGUGCCAAUAAAAAGUAAGCACCGCACAAUAAAAUGAAAAAAGGUAAGCCACAAAGCUUGCCGCUAGAUAUAAAUUAAAACGGUCGUUUCGAAAUCUGAUUCCACGUGGAUUCAGGUCCGAUUAUUCCUAGAGGAAACCACAGCACAAAAAUGUCAGCGAAGUGCAAUACACAUUCUGUUUAAUGAUAUUUUUAGAGAUUGUUUCGUUUUAUUUUUAUGGUAGAUACUUUUAUAUUUAUAUAGAAUUUAAAACGAGAAAACAACACCAAUCCUAACUACACCCGCUAAUUACUAAACCAACAAAAAAACAGAGCAAUAAUAAAAAAUUAGUCGGUGCCACUUGCGCCUCAGAAACUUGA